CACACGCUGGCGGUGGAUGAUAACGGGGUACUGUAUGCGUGGGGGUGCGGGGAUAGCGGACGGACGGGGCUAUCGCAGCAACCGGCGAGCCGUACACUCCUCUCCCCCGUCCUACCACUCUGCAUCUCUGCGGGCCUUCCCGUCUCGCGCGUCUCGUGCGGCGACAGUCACACAGCCGCCAUCGUGGGGGAAGCAGGGUCGGCGACUGCCGAGCUGUGGACGUGGGGGAGGGGAGAGUCGUACCGACUGGGGCAUGGCAGCAAAGAGGACGAGAGGAGGCCUCGUAGGGUGGAGGAUCUUGACGAGAAGAGGGUGGUGGACGUCUCGUGCGGCUCCUCUCACACGGUCGUUGUGUGUGUGGAAGGAGACGUGUACGCGUGGGGUCAGAACGACAGCGGGCAGUGCGGC